GAGGGAAAUAACACACGCUGAAGGGAGCGAGGGGGUAGACUUUUUCAGAGAGCCAGGAGAGUAAACGUCGCAGCGUUCAGUUACCGGAGCUCCGAUAUGUCUGGUUUUAGACGAGCGAGGUGACUUUAGGUUUUAGGUCCUGCCGCCGACCUCAGGGGGAGGAAGGGCCCGGCAGGCCAGUGGGGACGGGAGCCGUAGCAUGGGACACAGUGCCAGCAGUGGGACAGUGGCCCAGCAACAAGCAACACACAACACGGACGAUGAGGUCGACCUGCAGCAAGGCAGUAAAGGAAGUGAAGAAGGAAGCUCCGGAGGGGGUUCGCCUCAAACCAAACGCAAGGGCAAGUUCUCCAAGAUGGGACGAAUCUUCAAACCCUGGAAAUGGAGGAAGAAGAAGCCGAGUGACAAGUUCACUGAAACAUCGAUAGUCUUGGAAAGAAGGAUUUCUGUCCGAAAAAGCCGCCAAGAGCUGAUUGCCCGAGGGGUCUUAAAGGAUAUCCCAGAAAAUGAAAACAAUGAUGUCAACCACUCCAAGGGGCCGCCAGUCAAAAAUGGACACCCUGUGGACGUGGACAGGAUGUCGGAGCCGGCGGUCCGGAUGUCUCGAGUGGAAUCCGACGCCAAGGUGAAUUCCCUCCGGGUUCCUCCACCCGAGGAACGUCGAGGCAGAGCGCCGUCUGAUGCCUCGCGGAGUAACCGAGCACCUCUGGAUGUGGACUCUCACGCUCGACUUCCCGUGGAGCCAGACCGGAGAAGCCGACUGAUAUCAGAUGCUGAUAAGAGAGCUGGAUCGUUACCCAGAGGACCUCCACAGGACGAUAGAUACCGUAGAGAAGAAAGGAGGGAUGGGAAAGACGACCGGGAAGACCGAGGGAGGAAGAACCGGGAUGACGUAGAAAGAAGGGAUUGGCGAGAUGACAAGGAAAGAGACGGAGGAACCGACCGGAGGGAUAGGCGAGAUUGGCGGGAUGACAGGAGAGAUGACCGGACUGAGAGAGACAAUAGGGAAAGGAAAGAUCGCGAGGAGAGGGAAAGGAAGGAUAGGGAUGAGCGGGAGCACCGGGAUCGGGAUGAGAAAGAACGCAGAGAUAGGGAUGAGAGGGAAAGGAAAGACAAGGACGAGAGGGAAAGGAAAGACAAGGACGAAAGAGAAAGGAAAGACCGGGACGAAAAAGAACGCCGGGAGCGGGAAGAUCGAGAAAGGAGGGACGAUCGAGAUAAGGAUAGGGAUCGGCGGCUCGAGAGGGAAAAGAGAGAACACAGAGACGACAGGAAAGAUGACAGGAAAGACGAACGGAGAGACGAUAGAGAACGAGACGACAGGGAGAGGAAAGACUUGCGAGAAAGAGACGAUAGGGAUCGUACGGAGAACCGAGAGAGGCGGGAGGAUCGGGACAAGAAGAACGACAGAGAGCGAAGGGACGAGCGGGAUAAGAGAGAGAAGCCGGAGCCUCAGCGCUCGCUGGACGCCCCUUGGCCGAUCGCCAGGCCCUUCUCGGAGAUGGACUUGCGGCCUCCUCUGCAGAAGAGUUCCUCGGAGGAAAACAAGAACGUCCGCUCCGCCUCGGAGGCCGAUAAGAGGAUCACUCUGCCCAGAUACUCGCCAGCUGCUGAGUUCAGGGAACGCUCGGAGUCCGCCGGUGUCCGCUUCACCCCUGUCCCUCGUCCAGCACCAGACAAUCACCCGGACACUCACCCGGACUCUCACCCAGACCCUCCCUUGAUCCGCCAUGCUCUUAUCCCCACUAAAUUCCUGACCGACCCAGGCAGGAGUCCGACACCUUCCUCCUCCUCCUCCUCCUCAUCCGCGUCUUCCACCUCCUCCACCUCCUCUGCUGCUCCUCUGGCUGUGGCCAAGCCCCCGAGGACGGUCUCCCUGUUCAUUGAAGACCCUCCUCGACUUCCUGACACCGACACGCCGCCGCCCGUCCCCCCCCACGCCAAGCAGCCGCCCGUCCCUCCGCCCAAACCCACCAACCGCAACAGCGCCCUGCUCGCUGAGCCGGGCAGCGGGGUCAUCGUAGUGCCAGCCCCCGCUAAGCGCUCGCCACCGACGCCGCCAAAGAGGAUGACCCCCGUCACCAAGCGCCAUUCUGUGGACCCCUCUCCCCCCAAUCAGGACCCUUCUCCCCCCACGUCUGACCCAGCCUCUGCAGCGCUGCCCCCUGCUGUCCAGAAAGGAGAACCCCCCGAGGAGACCUCCAACACUCCCCUCAACCCUGCCGAGGCUCUGCCUUCCCCGCCCACCCACAUUCCUCCCUCUCCCCCCAGGGUUCAGUCCCUUCAGCUUCCCCCUUCCUCGGUUCCCACCGUGCAGACUGACCCCCCCAGCCCCACCACAAAGCCCCCCAGCGAGCAUCCAGCCAUCCCCCUGCACAUCCUCAUCCAGAGAGCGCUGGCCAGCCCCGGCCCCGCCUACCCCAACCCCAGCGGCUCCCAAAGCAGGGCCCACUCCCAGCUGUUCGAGUCUCCCCCGGAAUUCCUCUCGGAGGUGGGGCCCACGAGGAACUCCCUCCCCAUCACCAUCGAGCCCCUCAGACUGCCAGACGACGAUGACUUCGACCUGGAGGAGGAGAUGAGGAAGCUCCAUCCUGCCCGGCCCCCCCGGCAGCCGGAGCUGGAGCCCCGCAGCCGGCGGGGUUUAGUGGACCUGAGGGUCAGCGUCAUCCCGGAGGGGGAGGGCCCGGACAGCGAGGAGGAGUCCGACUCCGACGGCCCCAUCCUGUACAGAGAUGACGAGGAAGACGACGACGAUGAGGAAGGGCCUUCAGGUGGUCUGGCGAGCCGUGUGAAGAGGAAGGACACGCUGGCGCUGAAGCUGGAGCGGCAGGAGCGAGAGGAGAACCAGGACCACAUGAGCUGGCAGAACCGGGAGCAGUGGAUGGCCGUCAGGAACAAGAUCGGAAGCGCCCUCACGCGGCGGCUGAGUCAGAGGCCUUCAGCAGACGAGCUGGAGCAGAGGAACAUCCUUCAAGCCAAGAACGAAGACGACCGGCGACUAGAGCGAUGUGAGAUCAAACGCAGGCUCACCAGAAAGCUCUCCCAGAGACCGACGGUGGCCGAGCUCGAGGCGAGGAAGAUCCUCCGUUUCCACGAGAACGUGGAGAGCACGCACGCACACGAGUACGACCGCAGAGCCGAUAAACCGUGGACCAAGCUCACGCCUGCUGACAAGGCUGCCAUCCGUAAAGAGCUCAACGAAUUCAAGAGCUCCGAGAUGGAGGUUCACGAAGAAAGCAGGAUCUACACCCGGUUUCAUCGGCCUUAGCUGCUCAUGCUAGCCAGUAAAGCACUUACACGGAGGAGUAGAAAGCCCGCCUCCUCGAACUGAAACUGCCUGCUAACAGCUGGAGACACUACUGAAGCUGAACGAGCCGUGGAUCGGUUCCCCUCCUCAGACGCUCUCUGUGGAGUUCAGGACCGGAGGAGUUUGUUUGUAGGUGCGUCCAUGAUGGAGGUACCCGGUGCCAACACUGAAUGAAAGAGUGGGAACACACACACACCCACACCCACACACCCACACACACACACACACACACACACACACACACACACACACACACACCCCAGAAAGACUGACUGCUGGAGGGUGAUCACCUCCGGGGGGGCGACUCCCCACGCCUUCACCUGCCUUCUUCCACCUCCGCCCUUCUGAGGGAACACUAUGCACAUAAAGAGGUCUCUGGAGCUGCUGUUAACGGGAUAAUUCACCCACUAAAUGAUUAUUAAUUACUCACACUGUUACCUUUCGUUCUUGGAGAAACGAGGGUGAACGAAGAGAAGAACCACACAGGUUUCACAACACUAAAACCAAACAUCCAAACUCACUAAUAUUUCUGCAGUACAAACCAAGUCUCAUUUCUUUUUUUAUUGAUGUUUUCAUACAUUUUAGCUGUUGUUAAACCCCUUCAAUUUAUCAAGAAUUGUCCUAGUUGUUUAAUUCUUCAAUCAAAUAUCCCAUUAUCAAUAUUGCAGCAGUAUUGGUGCUUCGAUAAAGGCAAACAAUCAAAAGCUAGAACAGUGCUGCAUUUAGAACAAUCGCUAUAAUACAGCCUUUAAAACCAGUACAACUGCAUUUACAACACUUUAUAAAAUCCAGAAUUCAGAAACAACAUUGAUAUAUUUCUCGGCCUUGUGAAAAUGACACGUGUUCUACAAUAACUCAAGGUGAAACGGGGAAUCAAGUGAUACAUAAAUGGUUACUUUGUGGGUGAAUCACUCCUUUAACUCCCUUAAUGGUACCACUAAAGGAAUGUGUUUUAAACUGGGUUAUUGGUACGUGUUUGGUACUGUAGAUACCUGCCUUACUCCUCACAGGAUCUCAUUGUUGGAUAAAAUGUGAACGACAGCAGCAGCGUCUUAUUUAAACUCUAUCUGAAUCCACUGACCCAGCGCUGAUUCCUUCGUGUGCAUUUCUUACUGUAUUUUGUCCUCUGAAUGAUUCUCAUGGAGCACACGUCACUCGAUUAUUUUUCUUCUAAUAAGGCACUUUAUGUUCCUUAAAUUGGGUGUGUAGAAAAUCAAAAAAAAGUCUAUAAAUCUAUGUUUAUAUAAUUGAAUUUGAGCGGGAAAAUGUACAUAUUUUUAUUUUCCCGGCUGUUUUAUUGGUACUCUAUAUAUGCAAGUCCUCCUGUAUAGAUCCGCUGUGUAGGUGUGAUUAUAUUGUACAUCCUCAGUAACGCUGACAUGUUUUAAUUGUAAAGUAUUCCUCUAAUGUUAUUUCCACUAGUAAACGGUACAUGUUUGGUUUGUUUUGAUACAGAGAUCUUUAAAAGUGUUUUUUUUUUUUCGUUGCAAAGCACACUGUAUAAAUGAACAAUCCACUCAGUAAUUAAAAUAUCUGUGAUUUUCAUUUCAA